AUGUUAACUGACUACAAGGACCGGGAAAUUUGUGAUCUGUUAGAAUUUGGUUUCCCGUUAGGUUUUCAGGAAGAUCUUGUUACUCCGGUAAGUAUCAAACAAACAGAGGGAAGUGAACCGGUUUGUACCAAUCAGUUUGAAUUUGGAUCUCAGGAAUUCGUAGCCAAUCAUAAGGGGGCCAAAGUAUACCCAAAGCAGAUGGAUGAGUAUUUGGAAAGGGAAUUAGAGGCAGAGGCAGUUAUUGGUCCUUUUGACAUUAAUCCACUUAGGACUCCCAUUAAGCUGUCUCCUUUAAAUUCUGUACCUAAAAGAGAUUCUGUAGAAAGAAGGGUGAUACUUGAUCUCAGUCUCCCCAAGGGUAAGUCAGUGAAUUCCCACAUUCCAAAGGAUUCUUAUUUAGGUAAGCCCAUCAAUCUCACUUAUCCUAGAGUGGAUGAUCUGGUGGAUCUGAUCAAAGAUAAAGGUAAGGGUUGUCACAUGUUCAAAAGAGACCUUAAACGUGCAUACAGGCAAAUUCCUAUAGAUCCCGGAGAUAUCCACCUAGUGGGUUAUAUGUGGAGCGGAAAAAUAUAUCUUGAUAGGGUGUUAUCCAUGGGCCUUAGAUCGGCUGCCUACAUUUGUCAGAGAGUUACCUCGACAGUGUCCUUUAUUUGUCUCCAGGCAGGAUAUUUCAUCUUAAAUUACUUAGAUGAUUUCGCAGGUGCGGAGACGAAGGCUAAAAGCCAGAACGCCUUUGAAUUUUUAGGGGCAGUUCUGCAGAAUGGUGGUCUAGUUGAAUCCCAGUCAAAAGCUGUUCCUCCUUCUACUAGGAUGGUAUUUCUAGGAGUUCUCUUUGACACAGAGUCUCUGACUUUAGAGGUACCCCCUUUUAGACUACAGGAAAUAACAGAUCUUGUAGUGGUAUGGUUAGAAAAGGAUCAGGCCACCUUACAACAGUUGCAGUCACUGCUAGGUAAGUUGAUGUUUGUAGCAAGUUGUGUUCGACAGAGCCGUAUUUUCAUAAGUAGACUCCUUAACUGGCUCCGUGAUAAUACAGGAUCUGAAGCAUCUCUCAUAGUUCCCUUAGCAGUUAGGAAAGACCUCCUCUGGUGGAAGGAAUUUCUGUCUUUAUACAAUGGGGUAUCCAUGAUGAGUUUGGAGGAAUGGUCGGCGCCAGAUGGUGAGUUUUCAUCAGAUGCUUGUUUAUCAGGCUGUGGUGGUUUUUGCAAAGGGCAAAGUUUUCAUGUGGUCUUCCCAGAGUUCAUCCGUGUACAGGACCUCAGUAUAAAUUGUCUAGAACUACUAACCAUAGUGGUAAGUGUCAAGUUAUGGGGGGCUUUGUUCAGGGGUAAAAAGAUUGUCAUCAACUGUGAUAACAGUGCUUCGGUGGCAGUCAUAAACUCUGGUAGAUCUAGGGUGGCCUUUAUGCAGGGUUGCUUACGUGAAAUAUGUUUUCAUGCUGCCAUCCACGAGUUUGAGCUGAGAGCCCGACAUAUUGAAGGUGAGCUAAACAGAAUUCCAGAUCAUUUGUCGAGAUGGCAUUUGGAUCCCUCUCAAGAAGGCAUGUUUCACGAGCUAACCAGAGGGAUGGAAGUCACAUUUCACCCGAUAGAAGAGGAGAGCUUCAAAUUCUCCCAUAGGUGGUAG